AUGACCGUCAAAGUGGUUGAAGACGAAGACCAUAUCCGGAUCCAAGAGGGAACUGUCCGGUUCCAUGAAGCAUGGGAGGUAGCGUAUUCGGAUCCAUGGGUUGUACCCGAAUCCAGGAAGCAAUGUGUUGGCGGUGAAGCACGUGGAAAUCAGUUUUAUGAGGUUUUAGCUCGUAAUCCAGGAUCCACAAUAAAAGUCAAAGUUGAAGAGAAUGUGGAUGGAAUCAGUUUUAUGAGGUUUUAUACAUGUCUAAAGGCCUGCAAGGAUAGUUUUGUGUCCUGCAGGCCAAUAAUUGGGUUGGAUGGUGCUUUUCUGAAAGGAAAAUAUGGUGGUGAAAUGUUAACUGCUGUUGGUAGAUACGCAAAUGAUCAAAUGUUACCUCUUGCGUAUGCCGUGGUGGAAGUAGAGAACAAGGAUACUUGGAAAUGGUUCCUUGAACUUUUGGUUGAAGAUCUCGGUGGGGAGGAAGUAAGUUCAUCAUUUACAUUCAUGUUGGACCAGCAAAAGGGACUACUACAAGUUGUACAAGAAGUAGUGCCUGGAGUUGAUCAACGUUUCUGUGUUAGGCACUUAUACGCUAAUUUUAGAAAGAAAUUCCCUGCAAAACAACUCAAGCGUUUGAUGUGGAAGGCAGCUACAGCAACCCAUCCACAAGCAUGGGAAGCAGAAAUGAGAAAUAUUAAACAGCUUAACGAUGAGGCUUUCAAAUACUUGUUAAAAAUCCCUCCUAGGUACUGGUCAAGAUCAAGAUUUAGCAGCAAGCCUCAGUGUGAUACUUUGAUUAACAACUUGUCAGAGGCUUUCAAUAGUGUAAUGGUGCAUACAAGGUCUAAGCCAAUCGUAACCAUGAUGGAGGAAAUCCGACUUUACUUGAUGAAGAGAUGGGCAACUAACAGGACAAAAAGUCAAUCACUUUCUGGGAACAUUUGUCCAAAAAUCAAGACUAGACUAAAGAAGGAGUCUCAGUUAACUAAAUAUUGGAUACCGUGUUGGUCAGCAAACAAGAUUUUUGAAGUUCGCCAUAUGUCCCAAGCUGGUGACAAAUUUGUAGUCAAUUUAGAUGAAAAUUUGUGUACAUGCAGGAAGUGGGAAAUCACUGCCAUACCAUGUUGUCACUCGUUAGCUGCUAUGAAAUUCCUAAAUCUUGAUGCAGAGGAAUUCAUUCCAUGUUGCUUUAGGAAGUCAACAUAUGAAGAAACAUACUCUUCAAUUGUGUAUCCAAUAAAUGGUAACAAUCUGUGGGAGAUUACCACAUAUGAAGAUGUUCUCCCUCCACCAAAAAGAACUUUGCCUGGAAGCCCAAAGAAGAAGCGAAGGUUGGAGCAAUGGGAGUUGGUGAAGGAUGACAAAAGAAUGAGGAAGGGUGGUUUCAAGAAAAGAUGUGGUAUUUGUAAGGAACUCGACCACAACAGGACUUGUUGCACCAAAGCACAACAAACACAACAAAGUAACCCAUCAACUCAACCAAACAUCCCAUCAUCAAAUCAAGAAGAAGUUGCAGUUUAA